CACGAGAGAGAGAGAGAAUUUGGUGAACAGAAAGCGGUUCAGUUUAGGAUUAACAGUAUCAGUCUGCGUACUGUACAAGAUUACAGGAAUACAGGAGACUAAAUGGAAGAUGUCAAGACGGGUUGAGGUCGCCUUACCGCCCAUUCAAUGCCACUUUAAGAAGAAGCAAAAAUAGCUUUAUAGCUUACCUACAUGAUUUAUAUGAUUAAGAGUGGAAACCCCAGUGAUGUGAGUAAUAAUACAAUUCAAUUCAAUACCACACAGAGCAUUUAGCCACAAAUCAAACGAGUAAGAUGAUUAAACAAAGUGUUUCCUUGUGAUGUAUAGUAAUGAUUACACGUGAAAUGAUUUGAAACGUUAAAUCGUUUGUUAAAGGCAGGGUUGGUAAUUUUGGAAAAACAAGCAUGAUUUUGAAAGUAGCAUUCCCUCAGUGCUCCGUCUGCACCCCCUCCCCUCUGUGCUCCCUCAAAAGCCACGCCCCCUCACCGCCGUUGCUCCAGAAGCGGACCUCAGCUCAUCGCUUGCAUUGUGUAGAAACUACGUCGUCUCAUGUCUCAUUCAGCGACCUCGGGACGUUACUGUGGAUUGUGUUGCUAUUUAAUGCAAUGGGCUGCAUCCAGAGUAUCAGGUGUAAGCCCAAGAGUUUCCGAGACAGUAUCAUCGUCCUGGAGGUGAACAGUUCCAUCGACCCCAACCCCACCAGCAUCGACGAGUCAUCCAGUGUGGUCCUGCGCUACCGGACACCGCACUUCCGAGCCUGCGCCCGGGUCCUGGUGCCGCCAGUUGCCAGCAAAGAGACAUGGACCAUCGGCUGGAUCCAAGCCUGUAACCACAUGGAGUUCUACAACACGUAUGGAACCAAAGGGAUGUCAAGUUGGGAGCUCCCCGACCUCCGGGAUGGGAAAAUCCAGGCCAUCAGUGACUCAGACGGGGUCAACUACCCUUGGUACGGCAACACCACGGAGACCUGCACCGUCGUCGGCCCCACCAAGAAGGACAGCAAGUUCACUGUUAGCAUGAACGACAAUUUCUACCCCAGCGUGACCUGGGGCGUGCCCGUCAGCGACAGCAAUGUGCCUCAGCUUAGCAGCAUCCGCCGCGACCAGAGCUUUACGACCUGGCUGGUGGCGAUCAACCAGGCCACGUCAGAGACACUCGUUCUUCAGACAAUUCGCUGGAGGAUGCGGCUACACAUACAAGUGGACCCGGAGAAUCCUCUGGGGGAAAGGGCUGUCCUGAAUGAGCCCGUGGCCCAGGAGCAGCCUCAGAUCCUGGGAAAGAACGAGCCCAUCCCCUCUAACGCCAUGGUCAAGCCUAACGCCAAUGAUGCCCAGGUGCUGAUGUGGCGGCCAAAGAAUGGUGACCCCGUGGUGGUCAUCCCACCCAAAUACUGACCUGUUUCACUGACCAGACUGGCCUUGGAUACCUUAACAGUAUCAUCUCUUUAUUUUUGUUGUUGUCUUUAUUUUGUUCCUGCUCGUCACCAGCUUUUUGACCUUCUUCCCUCCUUUUGGCCUCGAUAUUCUUCUCUUUUAUGUUUAAAACAACUGAAGAAAGGAAGCAUGGGCGGAGACAAAGAACCAAGCUCUGAGAAGAACAGCUGGAGAAAAAAAACAAAAAAACAAAAAACCCUUCAAGUUGAGGGCUUUUACUUUAAACUGGAGUGAACAAACUGCAACCAUUCUACCUUCAAACCGGGUCGGGUCGCACUGUGCUAAAUGAAACUAUUGCAAAAAUGAAAAACCAGAGAAUUUCUUUGUUUUUUAUUUCAGUUUUAUAUAUUUUGGGCCGCAUAGGCUACGUGUUUUUUUGGGGUUUUGUUAGUGUGGAUGGAUUUACGUUUAUUUAAGUAUUUACAUGUCCAUGACCAUGUCUGCAAACAUGGGACAUACACGGACAUGCACAAACUUUGUGUAUGAAUACCAAUUGUGUUUUUUUAUUUAUAGGCUGGGAGAGUGCAUUGAAUUAUAUUGUUGAUUUCGUCCUGUGCUACACAUGACAAAUUGUAUUGGGUGACAUACUAGAUUUUAGUACUUUUUUUUUUUUUUUUUUAAAACACAUGCAAGACAUUCAAUCCAUGCUGCCUUAAGUUUACAUCGCUUUCCACUGCAAACUUAUUAGCCUUAAACCAAGUGCAAUGCAGUAUUUUGCUCAAUUGUUCCGUGUCCUCCAGACCGUUGGUGCUGGUAUGUGUGGGUUUAGGACAGGAACAACACCACAGAAGAAGACACAAACGAUGACAUACAGGCUUUUAGGUUCAGCAGCCAACGUGACAGAUGUAGCAUCUUGAGAGUACAACUAGCUCCACUGCUGUACAACCGAGCUAACUAACAGUGUUUCAAGUGCAUUGUGCAACUGAAAAACAAUAACAACAAACGCAAAAAGGAAUAAAAGGUACUCCUCGUUUUUUUGUUAUAAUUGGUCGACAGGCAGUUAGAGCAUUCAACAUCCGAGAACAAGAUUUCCUUGCAGUUAAUCAUUUCAUCUCAGGGCCCCAUUUUCAAUUCUCCAUCCUCUGUUUUUUCUUUUCAUUCAUCCCGUCUCGCCUCCUCGUCAAAGCCACUGUGAAUGACUCAGUGUUUGCGUUUCUGGAAUAAUCAAUACUUUGAUUAAUAUGCAUUCAGAGAGUAAAUAUCUGGAGAAUAAAUACAGCAGGUUAUCUGCUGAACUCUAAAUUAUUUUCUUCUCCAUUCUUCCAACAAUCUUUGACGCAUUGCAUUGAUUUUUGUUGCCUUCCCUUCAAUCAACACCAUCCCUUUUCUUUCCAUAUUUAUUAAGAUUGUUACAUGUUUGUCGCUCAUGUUAACAGUCAUUUGUAAUCUUCCUCUACACCCGUGUUUCUCCUCUCCCCCCCCCCUGCCUUCCCCAUCUCCUUUCUUUUCGUGUUAUUUGUGUCUGUUGUCGAGGCUGAAAAGCAGAGCAGAGGAGGCAUGCAAGUUUGAUCCCGGCUGCUCGGUUGGCAUAUAGAUGACCCACUUCCGCUCUUUGCCAGUUGUAGCUCUCGCUGCAGAAAUGUGGGGCCUGUCUCCCUUUAUUACACCGCCAGCAAAUGUAAGACACAAACAUGCAUAAAUAAACAGCUCUGCUCAGCUAAACACCGAUGAUGAACGAGGUUAAACUGUUAAAUCCUUGAGAAGGCCGGUAAACUGAAACUUUUCGAACACGCUAUUCAUCUCACGAUCAUGAGAAAGAGAAAUUCGGCUGAUAAGUUAUUUACGUACAAAUACUUUCAGAAAAGUCUUUUUUUAAAAACUCCCCUUUUAUUAAAGAAGCAGCAGACAUCUCGCAAGUUCAGUAUUCCCACUAGGUUUCUGCUCAUGGGCUCCUAUCAAAGAAAAAAAAUCUGCCUUCAAGCUUAACCCGAGCAUGUAUUUUCAAAGGAAGCUGCGGCUGUUUCUCGCUUUUAACUGUCCAUCAUUUAUCCAUUAAACUCCGUUCAGGCAGAGUUUCAUUUCAUAUUGUUAAAAACUCAGCACUACUUUGAUUUUGGCUCAUUUUUUUUUAAACCUGGACUUAACUACAUUAACUACUAGUUCAUCUUUCUGUUUGCUUUCUUGCACAUGAGGAGGUUAAUGCCACUCUCAGUGCUAAAUAUGAAACCACAGCCAGCAGUUAGCUUAGCCUAGCAAGACUGGAAGAAGCUGGUGGACACAGAAAAUGUCUAAAAGCUUCUGUAAAGCUUACUAAUAUCACUUUUUUUUUGAAUCCAUACCAAAACAAAGUAGUUGAAAUGACAACUGUUUGCUUCACCGGAUAUUGUUCCCAGUCUUUAGCUAGGCUACGCUAUGCUAACCGCUCUAUGGCUGCGUCUUUACCUUACGCAUGCAGCAAUGACAGUUAUAUCAAUAUUCUCCUCUAAUUCUCGUCAAUAUGGCAAACAUUCCCCCCCCCCCAAAAAAAACCAUCAGUUUUUAAAGUAUGAUAGAGUUUGCAGUGAAAUUAUAACGUUAAAUUUAACUGUGCAGAAUUAGCACGCUAACAACUCUGCAGACAAAUGUAGAUUGUCACAAAUUUUAAAGCUCAAGUGAGGAUUUUCUUUUAGCUAUUUUUUAAACGGACUGAAAUCAAUUUGUAUGCCUCUUUAUGAGCUACAAAAGCAAAAGAGGCCAUCAGCGACAGGAAUGAUCUUUUCUAUACAGUUGUUGUUCAUGCUUGAAACGGCUGCGGGGGGGGGGGGGGGGGGGUAGGCGUCAGAUGAAGUCAUAAACAUGCAUCCUUUUUCCACGGCUUAAUUCUUGCUAAGUGGUAGGUUACAGUUGACUGCUACAAGAGGCAGUAUGUGUAUGUGUGAGCAGUAUUUGUGUAGGAAAAAACACUAGGCUAUAAUACACAGAUACAAGACGAAUCAGCGGAGAGACAAGAGGGAUGCCUUUGUCGACAGGUGUCUCGAAAAUCGACACAAACUAACAAUUCCUCACAGGAGCUUUAACUGGACUUGAAAAAUCAAUUCAUAUUGUCAAAUUGAUUCCAGCAGCUACACCCCCCCCCCCCCCCCCCGCCGCCCCACCACAUAAUAACUACAUAACACACAUGCACAUGACUACAUUAGCAAUCCUGUUCGGUUGUGUAACGACGAUAGCCUCUACUUUGUUACAGCCGGGCGAAGGGAGAAGGAGAAGUUGAAAGGCUACCGGAGGACUGCUAUCAUAAUUAGAUCUGCAGUGACACACUUACAUGCCCUAGAUGGACCUCACUGUGCUCCGGCGUGCUGUGUUAACCUCCGGGCUAGCUAGAGUCAGAGGUGACGUUUAAGCGAAGUCAAAUAGCAAAAGUCGGGGUCAAGAUGUUUGUGUGAGGAGAGUCGCCCAGGGUACUAAAACGUACUCGGGUGACAGUUGAGUGGCGUGUGGGGUAAUUAAUAUGAAGGCAUGACAACAUCUUAAAAUCUAGUUAGACGUUAAAGCCGGCUUGAAAUAACGUUGACAUUUUGCCAAGCACAACUUGGAUGUCAACCGCAAACAAAAGUGAUGUUUCAUGUUUUGAACUCCACGACCCUGCGCCAACCUGUUCGUAGUACGUGGUUAUUUUGGCACGGCAGACUGCCUUGUGGAGUCUGGUGAUGACCUAUGGACACCUGUAGUACUCAAGGUAGACUUAAAGUAAUGCAAUUAAACCUUGACAUGCGGAGCGAGUGGCUCACACAAUGCGUGUGUGUUCAUGUGAGCAUGUGUGUUAAAUCCCAUUUGAGGGAUUUAGGCGGGACGGGGGAGUUCCACUGAUGCGUUUGGACUGUUGUUGAGUCAUGAUUCUUCCCCUCUCGCUCAUGCACAGUUUAUGGAAGGUAACGUCCUUGUCAGGAAACAGGGACAGAGCUCGGCCUCACAUACACACACACACACACACACAAACACCCCAGGGUGGGUGAAAGGAGCGGGCCUGGCGUGGUAUCUGAUUGUCACAGCGGUGUCACAUUGGCAGUGUGAACUCGUUUGUCAGGCUCUGCACGUGGCCCGUCUGAACACAUGCACAAGCUACGCAGCCAUAUGCACAAACACACACUUGUUCACUCGGAUGUUAACAGGAAGUAUCUUUUAUGUUGUUGUGGUUAUUUAAAAGCGAAAUGGGAGUGUUGGCGUCAUUGAUUAGAUGCCUAUCAGCAUUAUCAGCAGCUAUUUGAGGAUAGGGGUUCUGUCUUCUCUCUGUGCGUGCAUCUGAUUUUCAUCAUGUGUAUUUUAUGUUGACAAAAAGAAGAGCUUUUAAAAAUAUAUGUGCUUCCUAACUAAGCCGCAGAAAAACAACAUUGCAGUUUGUUUGUUUGCUGUAUGGAAGGCCAAAAGUGCCAAAAAUUGGACAAAGCCAAAACCUAUGCAGUAGGAAAUUCUUAGUGACUAUAGAAGCUUCCAAACUGCUGAGCACUGAAAACUAACAGGCCUGUUUUUAGUAUAUUUUGAUAAUUUUAUUGAGUUAGCAUAUUGGUAUUUAAGAUGGAAAGUCAUACUUGAAAUUUGUAAGUUUUUUUUUUGUCGUGUUAUCUUCUUUAAGGGGUGGUGCCAAGCGAGUGAACGCCUCUUCUCCUAAACCCACACCAUUACAGUUCUUCUGAGGGCUGCUAUCGUUUUCUUCAGAUCUUUAUGUUGUUAUUCGCCCCUCAAGUAGACAUCAGUGAAUCACCAUCCCUUUCUUUGAAUUAAUAACACAUCCCAAAGCUCACACUCAGGACCGCCUGCCUUCAUUUUCCUGCUUUUACUUCUUGAUUUUACACAAUUAAAAAGAAAAGUAAGACUCUCUUUCUCCGUUCUCCUUCCUUCCAAAAUUAAAUCGAUGCAACCCGGUGGUUUCAAAACAACCCUUAAUGUAGCACAAAAGAAAAUAUGAGCGACCAUGUGUGUUUCUCAUGUUGUUUGGUUUGUUUUUCUGGAAUCAAGCACUGGAAUAGUGAAAGCAGUUUGUGUUCUGUUGUUCAGCUUUGACUUUUACACCAAUACUUGAAAAUGGGUCAGUUCUGGCAAAUAUUUAAAACUGUGAAAAUGCACAACACUGGGGAAAAAAAAAACAAAAUAUAUAAAAAGUAUUUUUCAUGAAUGAAUAAAAAGUUCAAAAACUA